AUGGACACGACGAGCCUUGAGAACAGGGCGACGAUCGUCAAGCUCACCGGUCCAGAGAACUACGGCGUCUGGUCUGCUCAGAUGAAGGCACACGCCGUAGUGAAAGAUUGCGACGAAGCCAUCAGGCCGGCGGACACCAACGCCGCGGCCGGUGUGAAUGCGGACGGCGCGCCCAUCGACAAAGCAACCACGGCGGCCGCUGAGGCAGCGGCAGAAGCGGCGCGUCGGUCCAGGGCAGCAUUCAAGGCGAAGGACUUCAAGGCAAUGGCCCUCCUCACCCUCGCAGUGGCUGACCACCUGGUGGAGUCAGUUGACGCGUCACCGUCGGCGCGGGCGGCCUGGCUGCAGCUGGCUUCGGCCUACGCGGUCGCCAACGAGGCUCGCGUGGUGCUGCUCAAGAACGAGUUCAACAGCCUGUCCAAGAGCCCUGCAGAGGACAUCACCAAGUUCAUGACCAGGGCCUCGUCGCUGCGCCACCGCCUCAAGCUCGCUGGGCACAUUGUCACCGACCUGGACUUCAAGGCCACUGUGCUAACAGCCUGCCGACUGAGUACACCACGGUCACCACCAUCCUCACCUACCAGACACAACGGCAACGGCAACGGCAACGGCAACGGCAACGGCAACGGCAACGGCAACGGCAACGGCAACGGCAAUGACAACGGCUAUGGCGACGCCUACAGCAACGACGACGACACCAGGCUCUGCUGGAAGUGCAACAAGCCUGGCCACGUCAAGCGUGACUGCCCCAAGAACCAAAGCUUUGUGCUCUAA